AUGACCAAUUCGAGACAAAUCUCCACUUUCCCUGAUAAUGAAGAUCCUCCGCCACCAUACGAGGCACUUUGGAGUUUAGAUGAUAGGCCAAUGCGACAGGGCAUUGCGCCUUCGUCUGAACUACCAUGCCCCACUGCACCCUUACCUGACCUUUCUUUGACCGAAGAUGGCCGUGUGGACAUGAGAGUUGAAUUGCGAUUCAGCCGAAAUCUUGAAUGGCUGAUGAACACCCAAUCCACCGAAGUGGAGGUGUCCCAAACGGCAGAGUCGACCGUCCCUGCACCAGUGUCUCCUUUCAACCUUCGCCUAAAUAUUGUCAUCCAAGUGGUAGGCAGUCAUGGUGACGUACAGCCUUUCGUUGCCUUGGGCGAGGAGUUGCAAAGAUAUGGACACCGUGUGCGGUUGGCAACACACGCUAAAUUUGAAUCAUUCGUCAAAUCAACUGGACUUGGUUUUUACCCCAUUGGCGGAGACCCUGUCGAAUUAAUGUCGUACAUGGUGCGCAAUCCGGGGUUAAUUCCGAGCAUGAAGAGCGUAUUGGCGGGCGAUGUGCAACAGAAGCGAGCUUCAAUUGCCGAGAUUCUUGAAGGUUGCUGGCGAUCUUGUAUAGAUCGAGAUCCACACGAUAAAACACCAUUUGUUGCAGAUGCUAUUAUUGCUAAUCCGCCAAGCUUUGCUCAUAUACACUGUGCACAAGCACUUGGGGUCCCUGUCCACCUCAUGUUUACAAUGCCUUGGACUCCUACCAGGGCUUUUCACCAUCCCCUUGCCAACUUGGACUAUUCUGGGAACGACCCCUCGUUGGGAAAUUAUAUAUCCUACCAUUUUGUCGAAUGGAUUACAUGGAACGGUUUGGGCGAUUUGAUAAACACAUGGCGGAAGAAUACCCUAGAGCUCGAUCCCAUCCCAACCACAGAGGGCCCAAAUCUGUAUGAAACGCUAAAAGUCCCUUUUACAUAUUGUUGGUCGCCAGCGUUGACUUCAAAACCGGAGGACUGGGGACCACAUAUAGAUGUCGCUGGCUUCUUCUUCCGUGAACCAGUAGCUUAUGAUCCACCAGCAGAGCUAGAUGAGUUUUUGCGCGCAGGUCAACCGCCUGUCUACAUCGGGUUUGGCAGCAUCGUUCUCGAGGACGUGAAGGAAACCAUGUCAAUCCUUUUAAAUGCCAUCCAAAUGAUAGGGAUUCGCGCCAUCAUCGCGGGUGGCUGGAGUGAGCUGCAUGGCCAAGAUACUUCUAGUGUCUAUUAUGUUCGGGAUGUUCCACACGAGUGGCUGUUCAAACAUGUCGCCGCUGUCGUACAUCACGGUGGUGCCGGUACCACGGCAUGUGGUCUACGCAACGGGAAACCCACCACAAUCAUUCCAUUCUUCGGAGAUCAACCGUUUUGGGGUAACAUGGUUGCCACCGCGGGGGCUGGACUGGAACCGAUCCCUUAUAAGAGCCUUACGGCACAGAAAUUGGCAGACGCUAUUUCCUAUUCGCUUACCCCACAUGCUACUGCUGUGGCUCAAUACAUUGCGGAGCAAAUUAAUCAAGAAUCUGGUGUCCGUGCAGCAGUCGAUUCGUUCCAUACACAUUUGCCACAAACACGAAUGCAAUGUGAUUUGAUCCCCGGAGAAGCUGCGGUUUGGAAACUGAAGAAGGGAAAACGGAUUCUCAAGCUGUCGAAUACUGCUGCACUGGUUUUGAAACGUCAAAGGCGGUUCCAAGAAAAGCAUCUCAAAAGAUACCUAAGCAAGCCAUUCACUAUAGAGUCCCAACGCUGGGAUCCACUUACAGCUGUUUCUUCCGCGUCGCUGUCAACUUUGACCAGCAUGGCCGAUGCCACAGCUGGUAUCUUCAUCGAUCCUUACAAGGAAUGUCAACGUCUCCGAUCAAACCGCAAUACUUGCCCUGACGUUCCUGUCUCUACUUCUAUACCUCUCACCACCGGGUCGCUUUCAACGACAGAAACUGAAGCAUCAAUGAGCCGUGAUGCUGCUGACGCGCCAUCAAAUUAUGUUUCGAAUGAUCCCAACUAUGCCAGGCAAAUGGCAUUAGCUUCAGCGAUCAGCCUUGGAAAGUUUCUGGGUCGGUCCUCACGUGGCAUGUUUGUAGACCUACCCCUUGCAGCCACAGAAGGAAUGCUGGCCAUUCCCCGAUGGUACGGCGCUCAAACUAGAGUCCAUGGACCCGUACGAGGCUGGAAGAGCGGUGCUGUGGUGGGGUGGUCGACCUUCAGUCACGGCUUGUACGAAGGCUUCACGGAUAUCUUUGUGUACACAUACGCUGGCAAGAAAAAAGAGGGUUCUGUCGGAGUAGCCAAGGGAUUGAUGAAAGGAUUGACCAGCUUAACGGUCAAAACGGGCGCGGCCACUGUCGGCCUCCUUGCUUAUCCUAACCAAGGCAUAUAUCGCUCCAUUCGGGCUAGGUCACGGAAAGAAAUUGCUAGGCGGAUUAUGGAUGCAAGAUGGGCUGAGGCAGAGUGUGCUGUGAAUGGAAGAUGUGGGUACGUGGACGUAGCGGAGUUGUGCUCUUUAUAUGAUGGGCUCUUGGUAUCUAGAAGAAAAACGCACAGAAGGCACUAA